AUGAUGGCGGCAAAUCACUAUCCCAGCUCGCGUCAACACCCGCACUUGCCUCACCAUCUCAAUCCGCUGCCACCACUCGAGCCCUCAGCCGAUCGUCACGGUUAUCACUACAAUGCCGGUCGCAGAGGCUCCACCGAUCCCAGUCUGCAUGCCUCGCUAGCAGCUUCGGCCAGCGCCAAUUUCUCCCACGGCGGCAGCUCCGGCUCGUCGCUCGCAAGCCCAAGCCUCUUUGAUGCGCCGAGGCGUCGCAGUAUUCAGAUCGAGCCCACCGUACCCUCCGGCCACGGCAGCCCAUUCGCGAGUCCAGGCCACUCGGCUUUGCACUCCUCGCGCUUCAUGAGUCAAAACAACAGUCCAGCACCUCACGUACAUUCGCACAAUGGCGACGAUCACCACGCCUCGAGCUCGGGUGUUGCGUCGAGUCUGCCACCGCACGCAUCCCACCACGAUGCAUCCGAAGGUUCUCGCCACGGUCAGAUUCAGUCCAACUAUCAAUUCGGCAGCUAUCCUCCACCACCCAACCCGGAGUAUCGGAUGGAGGACAAGCAAGCUCAUCCACGCGUACCUCAUCUCAGUGCACCUGAUGGCGAGGGAGGCGGCCAUAUGAUCGAAGGCGGCGGACUGCUGUCCGAGUCGCGACGUGGCUCGGCGAGCAGUCUGGGAGCUUCGAAGCAUCUCCUUGUAGACAAGGACAAUAAGCCCUACAGCCGAUCGCCAGAACUCCGUGUCAGUCACAAGUUGGCGGAACGCAAGCGUCGCAAGGAGAUGAAGGAGCUCUUUGACGAUCUGCGCGAUCAGCUUCCCGUCGACAAGGGACCCAAGACGUCCAAGUGGGAGAUCCUCAGCAAGGCCGUGGAGCACAUUGCGCAGCUCGCAGACGAGAAGAACGAGUUGGCGGCCGAAGUGGAUCGACUCCGAGCUCAGCUAGGCGGACACUCGCGCUCGACAGGUGCUGCCGGCGCAGGCGGAUCCGCGAGGGCUGACCACAAGCCGCAUUUGAAUGGUCACCGUCCCGAGUACGACCACAUGUCGCGCUAG